CUACAUCAGACAGAUAGAAGCUCGAAUGAGAAAAUGCAUUUUAAUAAAACCCCAUUGAUUUUUGUGGAUGCAAGUCAAGGAACGGGCACCUAAAGAGUCUUCCAUCCCCUGCCACCUCCCCCCUCUCUCCUGGCCUACACCGGGCGGUCACACAUCGAUUGGCUUCCUAGAUAAUAGAUCGUGCCACCCGGUAGGGACCUCUGGGGACGCGCCGGGAGCUGGAAGAGUCGCACGCAGCAGCCCAGCCCUGAGUUAAUCAAACUAGCAACAGGAUCUCAAGCAGCAGCAGCAGCAGCAGCGACCGCGGUGGCAAGAGUAGCGGCGGCGGCGGCGGCGGCGGCGGCAGCGUUAUGCGUGAUUACUGACAGGCACCAGCUGCUGCCGCCACAGCCGUCUCAAACGCACUAUGUGGACUCUCCGAUCUAGAGGCAGAUUCCUGACUAAUCCCAGAGGGCUGGCCCAGCCUGUGCUCCCCGGGCUGCUAGGAAGCGAUGACCACUCUUGUUAGUCCAAGUUGAAGAAAGCCGGGCUGUGCCUGGGCGCCGGGAGAGGCUGUAAUAUUUAGAAGCCGCACAGGAGAGGAACAUGAACUGAAGAGUAAACAUGUAUGGAAAUUAUUCUCACUUCAUGAAGUUUCCCGCAGGCUAUGGAGGCUCCCCUGGCCACACUGGCUCUACAUCCAUGAGCCCGUCGGCAGCCUUGUCCACGGGGAAACCAAUGGACAGCCACCCCAGCUACACGGACACCCCAGUGAGUGCCCCACGGACUCUGAGUGCAGUGGGGACCCCCCUUAAUGCCCUGGGCUCUCCAUAUCGAGUCAUCACCUCUGCCAUGGGCCCACCCACAGGAGCACUGGCAGCCCCUCCAGGAAUCAACCUGGUUGCCCCACCCAGCUCUCAGCUAAAUGUGGUCAACAGUGUCAGCAGUUCAGAGGACAUCAAGCCCUUAGCAGGGCUUCCCGGGAUUGGAAAUAUGAACUACCCGUCCACCAGCCCUGGAUCGCUGGUUAAACACAUCUGUGCCAUCUGUGGAGACAGAUCCUCAGGAAAGCACUACGGGGUGUACAGUUGUGAAGGCUGCAAAGGGUUCUUCAAAAGGACGAUAAGGAAGGACCUCAUCUACACAUGUCGGGAUAAUAAAGAUUGCCUGAUUGACAAGCGUCAGCGCAACCGCUGCCAGUACUGUCGCUAUCAGAAGUGCCUUGUCAUGGGCAUGAAGAGGGAAGCUGUGCAAGAAGAAAGACAGAGGAGCCGGGAGCGAGCUGAGAGUGAGGCAGAAUGUGCCAGUAGUGGUCAUGAAGACAUGCCCGUGGAGAGAAUUCUAGAAGCUGAACUUGCUGUUGAACCAAAGACAGAAUCCUAUGGUGACAUGAACAUGGAGAACUCGACAAAUGACCCUGUUACCAACAUAUGUCAUGCGGCUGACAAGCAGCUUUUCACCCUCGUUGAAUGGGCCAAGCGUAUUCCCCACUUCUCUGACCUCACCUUGGAGGACCAGGUCAUUCUGCUUCGGGCAGGGUGGAAUGAAUUGCUGAUUGCCUCUUUCUCCCACCGCUCAGUUUCCGUGCAGGAUGGCAUCCUUCUGGCCACGGGUUUACAUGUCCACCGGAGCAGUGCCCAUAGUGCUGGGGUCGGCUCCAUCUUUGACAGAGUUCUAACUGAGCUGGUUUCCAAAAUGAAAGACAUGCAGAUGGACAAGUCAGAGCUGGGGUGCCUGCGAGCCAUUGUGCUCUUUAACCCAGAUGCCAAGGGCCUCUCCAACCCCUCUGAGGUGGAGACUCUGCGAGAGAAGGUUUAUGCCACCCUCGAGGCCUACACCAAGCAGAAGUAUCCGGAACAGCCAGGCAGGUUUGCCAAGCUGCUGCUGCGCCUCCCAGCUCUGCGCUCCAUUGGCUUGAAAUGCCUGGAGCACCUCUUCUUCUUCAAGCUCAUUGGGGACACCCCCAUUGACACCUUCCUGAUGGAGAUGUUGGAGACCCCGCUGCAGAUCACCUGAGCCCCACCAGCCACAGCCUUCCCACCCAGGAUGACCCCUGGGCAGGUGUGUGUGGACCCCCACCCCGCACUUUCCUCCACCUCCCACCCUGACCCCUUUUCUGUCCCCAAAAUGUGAUGCUUAUAAUAAAGAAAACCUUUCUACACAUGA